AUGGGUAUGGAGAGCGCUAGGCGAUGCGGGGUGAGGAAGUCGAGCGCGGGGAGAGGGUUGAAACGCUCGGCGCGCGCAGUUACUUCAGUUGUGUUUCACCAUUCGAAAAGGAGGGAGAUGGUAUUAUUAUUGCAACGCUUCGGGGAAAUGCCGACAAUGUGGGGCUCUCGUGCCCGAGGGUCGGUUGGCGAGGGGGGGAGGGUUCCGUCUGUCUGCACACAUGCAGAACCGGUUCGCUCUCCAACUCCCCUAGUGCGCUUUAUAUACCUCUCUCUUAUGCCACACGUGUUCGUAUAA